GGCUUUGGUUUUGCGAUGCCUGAACCAGCUAAGUCCGCUUCUGCUCCUAAGAAGGGCUCCAAAAAGGCAGUGGCUAAGGCUCAGAAAAAGGACGGCAAGAAGCGCAAGCGCAGUCGCAAGGAGAGCUAUUCCGUGUAUGUGUAUAAGGUGUUGAAGCAGGUUCAUCCGGAUACCGGUAUUUCUUCCAAGGCCAUGGGUAUCAUGAAUUCAUUUGUCAACGACAUUUUCGAGCGCAUCGCGGGCGAGGCGUCGCGUUUGGCGCAUUACAACAAACGCUCGACCAUCACGUCCAGGGAGAUCCAGACGGCCGUGCGCCUGUUGUUGCCCGGAGAGUUGGCCAAGCAUGCCGUGUCCGAGGGCACCAAGGCUGUUACCAAGUACACCAGCUCCAAAUAA